CAGUCUCUAGCUUAUUUUGCUUUUCCCCCUCAGCCUCGUCGCGCUCUCCCCCCCUCUCUUCCAGUCCAGAUCCAGCCCCUAGGGUUUGCCCCCGCCGCCGCCAUGGAUCCCGACGGGGACGGCUCCUUCCACCGGAAGGAGGCCAUCUCCGCCGUGCAGGACGUCGACCAGUACUACGGCGACGACGAUGACUACGACGACCUCUACAACGACGUCAACGUCGGGGACGGCUUCCUCCACGCCUCCCAACCCCCGGCCCAGCCCCAGCCGCCGGCGAUGCCUCCCAAGCAGCACCAGCCCCCUCCGCAGCAGGCGCUGCCGCAGCAGCAGCAGGUGAUGCCUUCACCAUCGCUUCCGCUGCCCCCGCCGCCGCCUCCGAUGGGGCAACCGGAGAAGGUGCAUAUUCCCGGAGUUGCAGCUGUCCCUGCUCCUGUCCCGGACCGUCCCAACCCGUCCCAUCUUCCGCCGCCGCCUCAGCCUCCGUUGGCCGCGGCGCCACCGUCGCUUCCCCACCACCAGAUCCAGGCCGGAGGAGGAGGAGGAGGAGGAGGAGGAGGAGGAGGAGGAGACGGGUUCCACCGACAGGGAGGCGGCAACUACGGCGGCGGCCCCAUAGUGGUCGGCAACGGUGGGGGUGGUGACGGCCCUGGCGCUACAACGCUCUUCGUGGGGGACCUUCACUGGUGGACAACCGACGCCGAUCUAGAGGCGGAGCUGGUCAAAUACGGCCAUGUCAAGGAGGUGAGGUUCUUUGAUGAGAAGGCGAGCGGGAAGUCUAAAGGGUAUUGCCAGGUCGAUUUCUUCGACCCUGGCGCUGCUGCCGCCUGCAAGGAGGGUAUGAACGGCCAUUUGUUCAAUGGCCGCCCCUGUGUCGUGGCCUUUGCCUCGCCCAACACUGUGCGACGCAUGGGUGAAGCUCAGAUGAAGAACAACCAAUCAAUGGGUCAGCAGAAUUCAGGUAUGCAGAAGGGUGGGAGGGGUGGCGGUCCACCUGGAGGUCCAGCUGGGCCUCAGGUGGGCGGAAAUUAUGGUGGUGGCCGGGGAGGCGGAGGAGCUGCUGGUGGUGGUGGUGGCGGAGGAGGAGGUGGAGCAGGCGGUGGAAAUUGGGGCAGGGGCGGUGGGGGGAUGGGUGGUAGAGGCCCUGGUGGGAAUAUGAGAAAUCGGAUGGGUCCAGUUGGUGGGCGAGGAAUCAUGGGGAAUGGGGGGAUGGUGGCUCCACCGCCACCAAUGAUGCAUCCUGGGGGAAUGAUGGGGCAGGGUUUUGAUCCAACUGGCUAUGGUGCAGCUAUGGGAAGGAUGGGUGGUGGGUUUGGAGGUUUCCCGGGUGGACCUGGGGCUGCACCAUUCCCAGGCUUGAUGCAGCCUUUCCCGCCUGUGGUUGCCCCUCAUGUCAACCCAGCAUUCUUUGGGAGAGGCGGUAUGGGGGCUGCUGGGGUUGGGAUGUGGCCAGAUCCAAGCAUGGGUGGUUGGGGAGGUGAGGAGCAAUCUAGCUAUGGGGAUGAUGCAGCAUCAGAUCAGCACUAUGGAGAAGGUGGCAGCCAUGGUAAAGAGAGACCACCAGAGCGGGAAUGGUCUGGGGCACCAGAAAGGAGGCGGGAGAGGGAAAAAGAGUUGCCCCCACCACCAGACUUGCCAGAGAGGAGGCACCGUGAUGAACGGGAUAUGGGCCGUGAGAGGGAAAGGGAGAGGGACAGAGACAGGGAAAGGGAAAGAGACCGGGACCGGGAGAGGGACAGAGAUAGGGACAGGCACCGGGAUGACAGAGAUCGCCAUGGUGAUUAUCACAGACACAGGGAGCGUGAAACUGACCGUAAUGAAGACUGGGAUAGGGGAAGGUCAUCUGGGAGACGCAGCAGGUCAAGGGAGGUCGAUCACUCGAAGCGGCGACGAAUGUCGCACGAGUGAUGUAGCUGAUGGGGCUAUGCCUAGUGUAGGGGUAUCGGCAAUCCGAGGUGGCAUCUUUUUUGCACAUGCCAACUUUCAACCGUUCAGUGCUUAUAACGGGUGGAUUUUGACUGCUUGUGCCUCCAGGGAUCUGUUGUAGCAUUAACUGAGAUCCACAAGAGCAGUUCGAAUAAGUGCGAAGCCAUGAUUUCAGCUUCCUCGGAUCCAAGAUGUAGCUGCUGCCUGUUUGCCCCUACUUUUAAUAUAUUCGUCGAGUGGCACAAUAAUGCCAUGAAAAGAGAACUGUCAAUCUAUUGUGAUUUCCCUAAAUACUCUUUGUAAUGAGACUACUAUUUACUCUGUAUUAGGAUUAUCAACUGGUAUGUAACUCUAUUAUGACUUUGAUUUCUUCCAUUUUCCCUCCUGCUGGUGAUGGACAAGUGAUCCAACGUUCAACAUUCCUGUGGCUUGCCCUUCCAGCAGCACUUAUUUGAUUUUUCUAGGUUUUAUAUUGUGGCUGUGUUGUUACAUUACAUCACACUUGACUUAAAGGUUGAGUUUUGUGCUUCCGACUUGUACUCCCUCUGUUCCUAAAGGUUGAGUUUUAUA